AUGAUCAUCAGACAGUUUUGUGCCCGGCAUGGCCGGACAGUGUUGGCACAGUCAUCGCGGACUGUCAAUCGAACAUAUGCAACAAGCAUCUCCGCAGACAAUCCGACAUUUCGACCCUCAGAACGAGAUGCCAAAGGGACGACAAGAAUACCCGGUCAUCCCGACGACCCUUCAAGUAUCCUAGACACAAUCGAUCGCGCCCCGACACCCGCGACGAGGCUGCUAGAAGAGAUGGUCGAGUCACACCAUAAAUCGAUCCGCGCUCUUCAAGCAGACAUUAAUGCACACUCUGCGGCCCGAACAAUGUCGAAACCCUCGUCCGGCUCGACAUCGAGCACUGCACCCACUCCAACCACUGCAGAUGUCCUGCCUUUUCGAAAUCUGAAGGAGUUGAAUCGUCACCGUCGCGCAAUGCAACGGGCCACUCGACAGGGCACGCAUUUAUCCCAGACAUAUGACCCGUCUACCAUUCUUCGCAGGCCUCCAACCGUGGACGAACUCACUCUCCCCAUGUUGCUCGCGAAUCAGACCCAUCUCGGUCACCAUACGUCGUUGUGGAAUCCCUCAAAUAGUGGCUACAUUUUCGGCGUAAGAGACGGUAUUCACAUCAUCUCGUUGGAUAUUACCUAUGCCUACUUGAAACGUGCGGCGAAAGUUGUCCAGGCAGUGGCAGAGAGGGGCGGAAUUAUCCUCUUCAUCGGGACACGCAAAGGCAUGGAAGAGAUUAUCGUGAAUUCAGCCAAGCUGGCUGAAGGCUACCACAUAUUCCAUCGAUGGGUCCCGGGAGCCCUGACCAACGGGCAACAAAUCCUUGGGGACUGUGGCGUCAAGGUGGUCGACAUCCAUGACAAUGAAUUGUCUCAGUACGACGAUAUCCUGUCAAGAGGCUUUCAUCAGGUCAUGCGUCCCGAUCUGGUGAUAUGCAUGAACCCGAUCGAGAAUCAGGUUUGCCUGCACGAAUGUGGCAUGUUCAAUGUCCCGACAAUCGGAGUCAUUGACACAGAUGCGAAUCCGACCUGGGUGACCUACCCAAUACCUGCCAAUGAUGAUUCCCUGCGAUCAAUUUCUCUCAUCGGCGGUGUCCUGGGCAACGCAGGAAAGGAAGGGCAAAGACUCAGAAAACUCAGGGCGACAGAGGGCAAGGCGACGUAUGACACGAGCGUGCUGCAGGAUAAACUGGUUGCUCUGGAGGAAAUGGUCGCCUUGGACGUGCAGCGAGGCGAUAGUGACAGUGCUGAGGCAAAUUGA